AUGGCUUCUCCCAAUGUCACCUCAAAGACUUUCACUUUGAACACUGGCGAUAAGAUCCCAGCUCUUGGUCUCGGAACCUGGCAAUCGCAACCCCGCGAGGUUGAGAAGGCAGUUGAGAUUGCCCUCCGCAGAGGAUACCGUCACAUCGAUACGGCUUUGGCCUAUGGCAACGAAGCUGAGGUUGGGUUGGGAAUCAAGAACUCCGGCGUCCCCCGUGAGCAAAUCUGGUUGACCACCAAACUCGACAACCCAUGGCACAAGCGAGUCCAGGAGGGAAUUGACUCGUCACUCAAGUCUCUCGGAACAGAUUACGUUGAUUUGUACCUCAUGCACUGGCCCUGCUCUACCGAUCCUACCGAUCUGAAAAAGCACUUGCCAGACUGGGACUUCGUCAAGACAUGGCAAGAACUGCAAAAGCUAGUCGGCACCGGCAAAGUGAAGAAUAUUGGUGUUUCCAACUUCGGCAUCAAGAACCUGGAAAUUCUACUCAACGAUCCUUCCACAAAGAUCGUCCCAGCAGUCAACCAAAUCGAACUCCACCCCAACAACCCCUCCCCCAAACUCGUCGCAUACAACACCUCCAAAGGUAUCCAUAGCACUGGCUACUCUUGCCUCGGCAGCACCAACUCGCCCCUCUACAAAGUCGAGACUCUCCUCAGCCUCGCCAAAGCAAAGGGUAAGACUCCCCAGCAGAUACUCCUCGCCUGGGGACUGCAAAAGGGCUGGUCCGUCAUCCCCAAGUCCGUCAAUAAGGAGAGAAUAGAGACAAACUUUGAGCUGGAUGGUUGGGAAUUGACCGCGGAGGAGGUCAAGAAGUUGGACAGCCUACCAGAUCGCUUCAAGGUCUGCGGAGAUGCUUGGUUGCCGAUCAAGGUCUUCUUUGGGGAUGAUGAGUAA